ACAACAUUUUUUGAAAAAAAUAUGGAUUAUACUUUUCAAAUAGUCGAUUAUGUUAUGUUGUGUUUAACAAUUUUGUUUAGUAUAGGAAUUGGAUUAUAUUAUGCAAUUUUUAAAAAACAAAACACCCCAGAGGAGUAUUUACAUGGUGGAAGAGUAAUGAAUCCUUAUGCUGUGGCUUUUUCAAUCGUUUCUGGUAUUAUAUCUGGAAUUAUUAUGACAUCGUUACCAACAGACAUUUAUUACUUUGGUUCCCAUUAUGGUUUUUUACAAACACCAGCAACAUUAAUAGCAUAUUCAAUUAGCUAUUUUUGUGUUAUCCCAGUUUUCCAUAAACUUCAACUAACCAGUAUCUUUCAUUAUUUUGAGCUAAGAUUUAAUUCUAAAGUUAGAAAAUUAUCAUCUUUUAUGUUUACGUUUCAAGUUAUACUUCAAAUGCCACUCGUUCUUUUUGUAACUGUUUUGGUUGUUGCACAAGUUUCUAGAGUAAAUUUAUCCCAUGUAACAUUAUUAAUUUCUUUUAUUUGUACCACUUAUACGAUUUUUGGUGGUAUUAAAGCCGUAGUUUGGACUGACGCCCUUCAAUUUCUUGUUAUGUUGGGAGCGAUGAUUACUGUAUUGAUUAUUGGAACAAUUUCUGUUGGAGGAAUUGAAAAUUUAUUUCGAAUAUCAUACGAAAAUGGACGAAUUAAAUUUGAUUUCGAUUAUGACAUGACUAAAAGGGAUACUGUAUGGGGAGUUAUGCUGACUUUGAUUUUUCAAUCUUUAUCAUUGAGUGGUAUUGCUCAAGGAACGAUACAAAAAAUGUUAUCGCUGAAGAAUUUUAGUGAUAUUAAACGAGCCUAUUUAUUUACAAUACUUAGUUGGAUUUUGUUAUUAACAUUAGGGACCUUAAUCGGACUAAUGCUUUUAGCUCGAUAUGUAAUGUGUGAUCCUUUAAUCACUAAACAAAUUAGUAAGCCUGAUCAAUUAAUGCCUUAUGCUAUCUUGAAUAUAUCCAGGACGCAUCCAGGUUUGCUAGGAGUUUACGUUGCGGGAAUCGUCAGUUGUGGAUUAAGUACAUUAUCGGCGAAUUUAAAUAGUUUAUCUGCCACGAUUUUUAACGAUUUUCUAAGAAAUUGUUUACCACAACCUAUAAUAAGAAAACAUGAAAUGUUAAUAUUAAAACUUAUAGUUUUAUUAGCAGGAGUUACUUGCACGGUUUUAACAUAUGUCGUAGAACAUUUAGGAAAUGUACUCCCGUUGCUUGUUAAUCUUUUAGCUCUUACAGGAAGCCCUAUUGUUGGAUUAUUUUUUGCCGGAUUAUUUUUUCCCAGUGUAAACUCAAAAGGUGCUUUAAUCGGAGGAAUAUCAUCGCUCCUAAUAUUAUCUUGGUUAAUAAUAAGCACAUUUUGGUAUAAAAUAAGUAAUCGCGUUGAAUAUCCAACGUUACCUACAUUUAUCACUUCAUGUAAUAUUUCUGAAAUCGCCAAUAUUUCAACGACCUCAACGGAUAAAAUAUUUAAUAACGAUCCAACUGUGCCAAUAAUGUACCAAAUCUCCCAUUAUUAUUAUAACCCAAUUGGAGCUCUCACAGUGAUUAUAAUCAGCAUUUUAAUAAGUUACUUAACCAAGAAAAAGAACCAUUAUGUUAAAGAUGAUUAUUUAAGUCCGUUAGUACUCUAUUUUAGAAAGAAAAUAAGUUAUUCAAAGUAUAAAAGUGUAGAGCUUCGUGAUAUAAAUUCAUAAGAAAUUCUUUUUAAUAAAAAUAUUUAAAAUUACAAGGUUAA